CCAGGCCGGGCCGAGGCGGGACCGCAGCCGGCAGCGGAGCGGAGCCGGGGCCUAGGAGGGAGGCCGGGCCGAGGCCUAGAGCGGAGCGGAGCCGAACCGAACCGAGUCCGCCGUUCCCUCCGGGGAUCUCCCAGCGCCGCCAUGUCGGACAGCGACGACAGCAACUUCUCGGAGGACGAGAGCGAGCACAGCAGUGAGGCCGAGGAGGUGGAGGAGAACGAGGCUGAGGAGGAGCGUGCCAGCGUGGCCGGCAGUGAGAAGGAGGAAGCCGAGGAGGAGGAAGAGGAAGAGGAGGAGGAGUACGACGAGGAGGAAGAGGAGGAAGAUGACGACCGGCCGGCUAAAAAGCCACGCCAUGGCGGCUUCAUCUUGGAUGAGGCUGACGUGGAUGACGAGUACGAGGACGAGGACCAGUGGGAGGACGGGGCCGAGGACAUCCUGGAGAAAGAAGAGAUCGAAGCUUCCAACAUUGAUAACGUGGUGCUGGAUGAGGAUCGCUCUGGUGCUCGGCGGCUGCAGAACCUCUGGAGGGAUCAGCGUGAGGAGGAGCUGGGCGAGUAUUACAUGAAGAAAUAUGCCAAGUCCUCGGUGGGAGAGACUGUUUACGGUGGUUCUGACGAGCUCUCGGAUGACAUCACGCAGCAACAGCUGCUGCCAGGAGUCAAGGACCCCAAUCUCUGGACCGUCAAGUGCAAGAUUGGUGAGGAACGCGCCACGGCCAUCGCUCUCAUGCGGAAAUUCAUCGCUUACCAGUUCACUGACACGCCCCUGCAGAUCAAGUCGGUGGUGGCCCCCGAGCACGUCAAGGGUUAUAUCUACGUGGAGGCCUACAAGCAGACGCAUGUCAAGCAGGCGAUUGAGGGGGUGGGCAAUCUGCGCAUGGGCUACUGGAACCAGCAGAUGGUCCCCAUCAAGGAGAUGACCGAUGUCCUCAAAGUGGUGAAGGAGGUCACCAACCUCAAGCCCAAAUCUUGGGUGCGCCUCAAAAGAGGGAUCUACAAGGAUGACAUCGCCCAGGUGGAUUACGUGGAGCCCAGCCAGAACCAGAUUUCCCUCAAGAUGAUCCCUCGCAUCGACUUCGACCGGAUCAAAGCCCGCAUGAGCCUGAAAGACUGGUUCGCCAAGAGGAAAAAGUUCAAGCGACCCCCGCAGCGGCUCUUUGAUGCUGAGAAGAUUCGGUCCCUAGGAGGUGAUGUGGCAUCUGAUGGUGACUUUCUCAUCUUCGAAGGCAACCGCUACAGCCGCAAGGGAUUCCUCUUCAAAAGCUUUGCCAUGUCGGCUGUGAUAACGGAGGGGGUGAAGCCCACCCUGUCGGAGCUGGAGAAGUUCGAGGACCAGCCCGAAGGCAUCGACCUGGAGGUGGUGACAGAGAGCACAGGGAAGGAACGAGAGCACAACUUCCAGCCUGGCGACAACGUGGAGGUGUGCGAGGGUGAGCUGAUCAACCUGCAAGGCAAAAUCCUCAGCGUUGACGGCAACAAGAUCACCAUCAUGCCGAAACAUGAGGACUUGAAGGACAUGCUGGAGUUCCCAGCUCAGGAGCUGCGCAAGUAUUUCAAGAUGGGCGACCAUGUCAAGGUGAUCGCAGGGCGUUUCGAGGGCGACACAGGGCUGAUCGUGAGGGUGGAGGAAAACUUCGUCAUCCUCUUCUCUGACCUCACCAUGCACGAGCUCAAGGUUCUGCCACGGGACCUGCAGCUCUGCUCAGAGACAGCGUCCGGCGUGGAUGUGGGGGGUCAGCACGAGUGGGGCGAGCUGGUGCAGCUGGACCCCCAAACAGUGGGUGUCAUUGUCCGCCUGGAGCGGGAGACCUUCCAGGUACUGAACAUGUAUGGGAAGGUGGUGACGGUGCGGCACCAGGCUGUCACCAGGAAGAAGGACAACCGCUUCGCCGUUGCCCUCGACUCAGAGCAGAACAACAUCCACGUCAAGGACAUUGUCAAAGUCAUAGACGGGCCUCACUCGGGCCGUGAGGGGGAGAUCCGGCACCUCUUCCGGGGCUUCGCCUUCCUGCACUGCAAAAAGCUGGUGGAAAACGGCGGCAUGUUCGUCUGCAAGACCCGGCACCUCGUCCUGGCAGGGGGCUCCAAGCCACGGGACGUCACGAACUUCACCGUGGGUGGUUUUGCCCCCAUGAGCCCCCGUAUCAGCAGCCCGAUGCACCCCAGCGGGGCUGGCCAACGCGGUGGUUUCGGCGGCGGCGGCAUGAGCCGUGGCCGCGGGCGGCGGGAUAACGACCUCAUUGGGCAGACAGUGCGCAUCUCCCAAGGACCCUACAAAGGCUACAUUGGGGUGGUGAAGGACGCGACGGAGUCGACAGCCCGCGUGGAGCUACACUCCACCUGCCAGACCAUCUCGGUGGACCGCCAGCGCCUGACCACCGUGGGCUCACGGCGCCCAGGUGGGAUGACGUCAGCCUAUGGGCGCACCCCCAUGUACGGCUCCCAGACCCCCAUGUACGGCUCUGGCUCCCGCACCCCCAUGUAUGGCUCGCAGACCCCCCUGCAUGACGGCAGCCGCACGCCGCACUAUGGCUCGCAGACGCCGCUGCACGACGGCAGCCGCACGCCCGCCCAGAGCGGCGCCUGGGACCCCAACAACCCCAACACGCCCUCCAGGGCCGACGAGGACUUCGAGUACGGCUUUGAUGACGAGCCCACGCCCUCGCCACAGGGCUAUGGGGGCACCCCCAACCCCCAGACCCCCGGCUACCCUGACCCCUCAUCCCCCCAGGUCAACCAGCCCUACAACCCCCAGACCCCUGGAACGCCGGCCAUGUACAACACAGACCAGUUCUCGCCGUACGCCGUCCCGUCGCCACAGGGCUCCUACCAGCCCAGCCCCAGCCCCCAGAGCUACCACCAAGUGGCCCCCAGCCCCGUGGGCUAUCAGAACACCCACUCGCCGGCCAGCUACCACCCCACGCCAUCACCCAUGGCCUACCAGGCAAGCCCCAGCCCCAGCCCGGUGGGUUACAGCCCCAUGACCCCUGGGGCCCCCUCUCCGGGGGGGUACAACCCCCACACCCCUGGAUCGGGGAUUGAGCAGAGCUCCAGCGACUGGGUGACCACCGACAUCCAGGUGAAGGUCCGUGACACCUACCUGGACAGUCAGGCUGUGGGACAGACCGGUGUCAUCCGCAGCGUCACGGGCACCGACGCGGUGCUGCGGGAGCGGCUGCGGCGGCACCAGGCAGCAGAAGGACCCCUGGGACACACCCCCAGCCCAGAGGAGGAGGAGGAGGAAGAGCGGCGGCGGCGGGAGCGGAUGGCGGCCGCCCGGCGGUUAGCCCUGCGCCUGGCGGGGCUGCUGGGUGCUGGCACUGGUGUGGCACUCGUCUACAUCUUCGGCAGCAACGCGGUGGACGAGCACGGUGCCAAGAUCCCCGAUGAGUUCGAUGGCGACCCUGUGGGCAUCCAGCAGCUCCGCAGGACCUACAAGUAUUUCAAGGACUACAGGCAGAUGAUCAUCGAGCCCACCAGCCCCAAGCUGCUGCCGGACCCUCUGCGCGAACCCUACUACCAGCCCCCCUACACCCUUGUCAUCGAGCUCACUGACGUCCUGCUGCACCCCGAGUGGUCGCUCGUCACUGGCUGGCGCUUCAAGAAGCGCCCAGGCAUCGAGAGCCUCCUGCAGCAGCUUGCACCCCUCUACGAGAUAGUUGUCUUCACCUCUGAAACUGGCAUGACCGCCUUCCCCCUCAUUGACAGCGUGGACCCCCACGGCUUCAUCUCCUACCGUCUCUUCCGUGAUGCCACCCGCUACAUGGAUGGGCACCACGUCAAGGACAUCUCCUGCCUCAACAGAGACCCGGCAAAGGUGGUGGUGGUGGAUUGCCGGAGAGAAGCCUUCUGCCUACAGCCCUACAAUGGGCUGGCGCUGCCCCGCUGGGAUGGCAGCUCCGACGACCGCGCGCUCUACGACCUCACCGCUUUCCUCAAAACUAUUGCCCUCAGUGGGGUGGAGGACGUCCGGACGGUGCUGGAGAAUUACGCGCUGGAGGAGGAUCCGCUGGCGGCUUUUAAACGACGCCGGUCGCAGCUGGAGGAGGAGGAGCAGCAGCGCCUGGCUGAGCUGGCGCAGGGCAAGAAGCCGACGGGGCUUUUCCUGGGUGCCCUGGCCGGCCGCCUCUGGCCACGCUCCAAGCAGCAGUGAUGUCAUCAGGACAGUGCCGUGAUGUCAUCAGGACAGUGCCGUGAUGUCAGCGGUGCAAGGCGGGGUGGGGGGGACACCCCAUUCACCAGCGCCGUGGUAGCAGGGGGUGAUGCGUCACCCAGACCCGGACGAUGCGGUCGGAGGCGUCGGUGGUCCCGUGGCGGCUGGCGG